AUGGAGGAGGUGAUGGAGGAGGUGAUGGAGGAGGUGAUGGACGAGGUGAUGGAGGAGGUGAUGGAGGAGGUGAUGGAGGAGGUGUUGGAGGAGGUGAUGGAGGAGGUGAUGGAGGAGGUGAUGGAGGAGGUGAAAGAGGCUCGGCGGCUGCUGAAAAAGCCUCAGGUGCAGAAGUUCGACGGCUCUCUUCACACUCAGAAGUUCUGGUGUUACUGCUGCGGACUCGAAGUGGAGAAAAACGUGACGGACGGAAACAUGAUGGUGCUCUUUGCUGGACUCAUCGAGCACAUGGCAACGCCGGAGCACAGGAAGAACACUCACACGUUCUGGUGGCAGAACAAAGCAGAACAGAAGCUCAAAGAGAAGUUCCUUUUCUCCAAAGAGGAAGUCGACAGGUUCAAGGCCGAGGUGCAGACGGCGCUGGGCUCCUUUGUGGAGGAGGAGGAGGACUUCAUCAAACAGUGGUUCUUGUGUUGUGUGGUUCUCAUGUUGUGUGUGGUUCUCAUGUUGUGUGUGGUUCUCAUGUUGUGUGUGGUUGUUGGGUUUGUGUGUAACGUGCGGUCCUCUGCCGGCAGGAGGCAGAAUGUAUCCGUCUGCAGGAGAAGCAGCGGCAGGAGAUCCUCAUGUCUCUGUCUGAGGUUUGUUUGUAUCCAACAUAGAGUCCAGCUCAUCCUCUGA